AUGGAAAGAUUCACAGUACGAGAGUGGGUUGAACUUAUUUCAAACCCUAUUACUUUCGGAAUUCAAGAUCAACGAAUCAUUAAUCAUAAAGAUUUGCCUGUGGUGAGAGAUGAAGUUUCAAUAACAUUGAGGCUGAAACUUCAAAGUCAUACUUCAAGCUGGGCUACUAUUUUUCAUAAAGGUACAGCAGAUUUAAUUCGUACUCCUGGACUCUGGUUGACAGGAAACAAAUCAAAAUUACAUGCUCGCUUCACGGGCAACUGGGAUAAUAAUGCAGGAAUUAUGGAACUCGGUGAUGGGCUUUCGUUACAAAAAUGGUAUCAUAUAGCUUACACACUUUCUGACUCGGAAAAAAGGUUAGAUGUCUAUGUAGAUGGUGAAUGGCUCGGAUUUUACAGUAUUCAAGAUGUUAAAAAGCAAAAGGUUAUCUUUAAUGAUGGACCACUUCAUAUUGGUCGAGGCUUCUCUUGGGGUGGAUUUAAUGGUGAAAUUAGAAAUGUUCGUUAUUUCAAUUGGCGUUUAUCGGCUGGGGAAGUGAAAGAAGAUUUUAUUAAAAAACCGAUCGUAUAUGGGUCAAAGAUUGCACUUGUUCAUGUGCCUACAGGAAAAUAUUUAUCUACUAAAGGAGUUAAAUAUGACUUGGGACCGAAUAAUAAGCAAGAUAUGGUUAUUUGCAGUGGCCGGGAGAUAGAUCUGAUAAAUGACGUUUGGACAAUUGUUGGGGCUCAUGAUGAAAGUGUAAAUACAGGAAACUCCGUUAUUUGCAGUGGUCGAGAGAUGGAUUUGAUAAAUGAUGUUUGGACAAUUAUUGGAACUAAUGAUGAAAGUGUAAAUACAGGAAAUUCUGUAUCCUUUAAUACAGUAAUUGGAUUAAAGCAUCAAGCGACGGAAAUAUGUUUACAUUCUCAUAGUACGAGUUAUGGAGUCACACCCAAAUCCAAAUAUCAGCAAGUGACACUCAAUUCGGGUAGAAAUGUUAACGAUGAUUGGCAAAUUAGGCGUUUUGGUCUUGACGCUUCCUAUAGUCGUUUGAUGAAUGAAGACGUUAUUAGUCUUUUUCAUAUUAAUACUGGUAAACCAGCACUUUACAGUCAUCCCGUUCUAUUGGAUGAUGGAAGUCAAGAAGUUUGCUGCCAUGGAAAUGGAAGUGAUGAGAAUAAUAAG